AUGGACGGUAGAAAUAGCAGCGGACGCAAGAUAUCACUACUCAACGAUAGGAGUGACGUAGCCGCGGCUUAUCCUCCCAAAUUCCAGCUUGCAUCGCUCCUAGCACACUCACGAGCCUCUUCCUCGAGUUGCGCUUCCACGCCGAGCCUCUCCCCGCAAACGCCGCAGCUGGUCCGUAGUAGUUCGAGCGACUCGCGCGGCUUCUCAACUCCGUCACCUUUGACGCCAUCAUACGCCAGCUUCGAACACGCUGUCGCUACCCACCAUCAACACCACCACCACCACCAACUUCCCGGCAAAGCUCAACAACAUCAGUCGCAGUACUACAUCUACAGCAAUCAUUACUCGAAGAUGGACGAUCAUAAUGCGUCCAUGUACCCGCCGCUUCCCGAUGCGACCGGCGCAUUGUCAUCGGCGUAUCCCAUGCCGCAGAUGCCACAACAAAUUGCGCCCACGCCAAUAAUGCCGCAACAGCCCACGCAGCGAUCAUCAAACUCCCCCGCAUCCGAACCAUCACACAUUUCCAACGCAUCGAAUGUGUCAAAUGCCAAACCUUCCGGAAAGAAGAACCAGUAUCCAUGUCCGAUGGCCAAGCAGUACAACUGCAAUGACUUCUUCACCACCUCCGGCCAUGCGGCACGGCAUGCGAAGAAGCAUACCGGCAAAAAGGAUGCCUUCUGCCCAGAGUGCAACAAGGCUUUCACGCGCAAAGAUAACAUGGAGCAGCACCGGAGAACGCAUCAAAAUGGCCGCGGCGCAUCUCGAACCACGACGGUCAGUGAGGACGCGAAGGUCAAAAAGCCCACUAAGGCGCCUUCGAAGAAAGUCAAGGCGGAACCGAUGAUGGAGGCUGCGAUCGAGCAGCAACUGGCCGAGCAAGCUGCGGAAGCUGCAAUGCAGCCUCUCGCACAACCUGUGCAGAUGCCACAGACUCUACCAAACGGACUGAUCGACACCACGCUCGGCAUGCUGCCGCCUACUGGUCCGUACUUCCUCGGCAAUACCAUUGACACCAUUCCAGUACCAUCUCUGCCCAUGGCGAUGCCAGAUCUCAACAUGAGGCCUGCGCUGCAUCGAAGCAAUUUCACAAACAGCCUCGAAUAUGUGCCACCGAUUGCACCUAUGGUAGCUGACCCUGACGCCCUACAUUAUUCUUAUCCGUCACCUGGCUUGUCUAACGGGCUAAACAGUCUGGCACUGGCAGCGAGCGAGCACCGACGGUUGUCCGCAGAGAAGCUGGCCUCGUCGCAAAGUCCGCAAGCGCUAGACACACCGCAAGAGUCUCCGUCCCAAGAGACACCAUAG